CACACUCAUCCCUUAGAAGCGCUGAUAGAUGAGUGACAGACGUCCAAACCCACCAGGGUGGGUUCCACCAAGGGCCCCAUACAACCCGUACGAUCCUUCUGACAAGAGACCACCGCAAGGUUACCCAUCUGAGUUCACGACGCCGGGCGGACACUACAACCAGCUGAAGGAGACCAUGAAGAAGCUCCAGUACCACUCGAUACCGCAGAGCGAGAUCUACCCUGGCCAGUUCAAACAGCUGAGAAGAGUGCAGAACUACUCCAAGUUCUACAGAGGCGCGUCGCUGGCCGUUAAGGUCGGAACAGCUGGCGUCGUGGUGUACUCCAUGUUCAUACACAAGUGGGAGGGUGACAACGUCUUCUCCCGCUUCUACCAGUGGCGGUGCCGUGUCCAGGCGAUGCUCUUCGGCAUCAACGCUGUGAAGCCCGAGGACGUGAACCCGGCUAAGCAGAUGAGACUGGGUAACGCUGACGUCGAUACCAACAUCGACUCCAGCGUGGGACUGCAGAGACCUCACAAGAAGCACAUGCUGGAAGCGGAGAGAAGGAAACAGCUGGAAGAACUACAGUGAUCUCCAUCUCCACGGCCUAUUUAUCUAUUUAUCCAUCCCCAUUUGUAUAUAUAUCGCCCAUCAGCUUCUCUCCAUAGCCCUGUAUAGAUGCUAAUCGUCUCCAUGGCGAUGGCCCUGUAUAUAUGUUAACC